AUGAUAUCAGGAGCUCCUGCUUCUGGUAAAGGUACUCAAUGCGAGCUCAUCACUCAGAAAUAUGGUUUGGUGCAUAUCUCUGCGGGAGACUUAUUGAGAGCUGAAAUCAGUUCUGGGAGUGAGAAUGGAAAGCUGGCAAAAGAAUAUAUGGAGAAAGGACAACUGGUCCCUGAUGAAAUAGUUGUAAUGAUGGUUAAAGAUCGUUUAUCACAGACGGACUCACAGCAAAACGGAUGGCUUUUAGAUGGUUAUCCUAGAAGCUCAUCGCAGGCAACAGCUCUUAAGGGGUUUGGAUUCCAGCCUGAUCUGUUCAUUGUCCUCGAAGUUCCUGAAGAUAUUCUAAUCGAAAGAGUUGUGGGGCGGAGAUUGGAUCCUGUCACGGGAAAGAUCUACCACUUGAAGUAUUCUCCUCCGGAGACAGAAGAGAUCGCUGCUAGACUCACCCAACGUUUUGAUGAUACUGAAGAGAAGGCAAGUUGA